AUGCAUGCAAAUUUCAGCUGGAGAGAUACCGACCGGGAAGAGGCAUGUCUCCCGGUACAACUGCUUCUAACUCCGUUAUUUGCAGAUGGUUGGCGUGAGCAAAACGGCUCAAAAAGUCUCCGUACACUCCUCAGCGAAGCGGGUUUGCUAACAGAAUAUGUGAAACGAGAAAAUGGUGUUAACGAUGAGCUUACCAAUCGAUUGGAACGGAUUUGUGAAGAGUAUGCUGGAUCGAAUGGAAAGGAGAUCAAAAGUAUGAUCAAAGGAUAUUGCACGAUGCAUUGCUUCCUUGAUCCUUUUAGCGGACUGACUCAACGCUCUAUUCAGUGA